GUCUAAGCCUUCCACACAUCAUCACCACAAAAAGAAAUUUCACUGCUUCGAACAGCAUUUCAUUAUACACAUAUAUCCACACUUUAAAAAUUCCAGCCUUCCCAAAGUCUACUCCUUUCAAAUCAUUUUUGGACAUUAUAUUCCGGCGAUUGAUCUAAAAAAAUUGAAAAUUUUCCACCCGUUUUGUGAUGGUCACUUUCAUCGAUUCCGACUACUGACUCUGCCCGCUUCCCUACAAUAAAUCAGUAUCUCAGUCUAUACAACGUGCCUCACCUAACGAUCUCACUUUAUUGAUCUCAAAAACCGCCACCAAUGUCUACUCCUGUAGAUUCCAGCCAUGAUGCAGACCAAUCUAAGACCAAACCCUACUCGCAGAUCGUGAAGGACUUGAGAAACGAAAUGCACGCUAUUUUCAUCUGUACCAAAUGCAAAACCAAAGGGAAAAUAGUGGUAGUCACUGAUCAUACUCUACCUAUGGGUGAGUCACAAGUAGGGGAUUCCUGGGCUUUAAUGAUGAUUAAGCAGAAUACUCGCUUUGAGUUGCAUCCCUCAGAAGCAGCGUCGGGCCUCUCAGGAACCGAGUCGGCUACAGAACUAAGGAGGCUCCUGAAGCUAGCUCUCGACGAGAACAAGGAAUUGAAAGCGAAUCGCGAUUCUGCAGUUGUGAUCAUUGAAAAAAUGCAGAAAGAUCACGAAAAAGAGAUUUCACUGCAACUAGAUAACUUCAAGGCCAAUAUCGAAAAGAUUGAGAAACAGAUACAGAGCGAAAGGCAUGAAGCUAGCGAGCAAUUGCGUCUAGCAGAUAAAAAUUAUAAAACGCUAUACGAUAGGUCUGUCUUGCUAGACUCAAAGUAUCAGAAUGUUUUACGGAACUUGGAGGAAGAACAGAAGAAGAAUCUUGGCCAGGUGUCUGAUCACAAAGAAUUGAGCAAAGAACAUCAGCAACUACGGUCAAACCACGAAGCACUCCGAGAUAUGAGCGAGAGAAUUAAGCCCCUUCUAAGUAUUGGGAUAGCUAUGAGACUGAGGUGGCUUGAAAAUAUCCACUUUAUGUUCGAAGGUCACAACGGCAGAACACUAGACGGACGCGUUGUGGAGUUAGGGAAUGUCGCAGCUCAUCACCCUGAUUUCGAAGCAGACUCCUUGCUGUUACAACACGCUGGGCUUACAGUUGAAUCUAUUGAUAGGGUCAAUGAAAGUAUGCAGCGAAUAUACGGAAAGAGACAUGUACCAACAUCAGCAGACUCCUUAGUUCCACGCACUUACCCUUCUACUCUAAUCUUUGUGCUGGAUUGCAAGACAGCGGCUGCAAUUCAUCAGUCUCGCGAGUUCCUGGUGGACUAUGCACACCACCAAAGGCUUCGCUUGAUCUUGAAAGAAAUGAUGGUUAUUUGGGAGCUCGUGGAAUCAUACGAGAAGUUUGAUAGCAUCGCAAGAGUAGGGGAACUACGGAAAGAGGCGGCUCAGAUCUGGGAAGCUGUUCAAAUUGCAUACAGGAGCAGCAAGCGGAGAUUCCGACCUCCAGAUUAUGUGACGAAUAAUUCCAGGUAGGGAAUUGCUUGAAUGAUUAGUUUAGUGGAUGCUGUAUUGCUGUGUUGAGUUAGAAUAGCGAAUAGAAUUUUGGCCA